AUGACAGGAGUGGGCAGUGGGGAGAGUGGGGGAGACUGGGGGAGAGUGGGGGAGACUGGGGGAGAGUGGGGGAGACUGGGGGAGAGUGGAGGAGGCUGGGGGAGAGUGGGAGAGAGUGGGGGAGGCUGGGGGAGUGUGGGGGAGGCUGGGGGAGACUGGGGGAGAGUGGGGGAGGCUGGGGGAGAGUGGGAGAGAGUGGGAGAGAGUGGGGGAGGCUGGGGGAGAGUGGGAGAGAGUGGGGGAGGCUGGGGGAGAGUGGGAGAGAGUGGGAGAGAGUGGGGGAGGCUGGGGGAGAGUGGGAGAGAGUGGGAGAGAGUGGGGGAGGCUGGGGGAGAGUGGGAGAGAGUGGGAGAGAGUGGGGGAGGCUGGGGGAGAGUGGGAGAGAGUGGGAGAGAGUGGGGGAGGCUGGGGGAGUGUGGGGGAGGCUGGGGGAGACUGGGGGAGAGUGGGGGAGGCUGGGGGAGACUGGGGGAGAGUGGGGGAGGCUGGGGGAGAGUGGGAGAGAGUGGGAGAGAGUGGGAGAGAGUGGGGGAGGCUGGGGGAGAGUGGGGGAGUGUGGGGGAGAGUGGGGAGAGUGGGGGAGGUGGGGGAGAGUGGGAGAGAGUGGGAGAGAGUGGGGAGGCUGGGGGAGAGUGGGAGAGAGUGGGAGAGAGUGGGAGAGAGUGGGAGAGAGUGGGGGAGGCUGGGGGAGAGUGGGGGAGUGUGGGGGAGAGUGGGAGAGAGUGGGGGAGGCUGGGGGAGAGUGGGAGAGAGUGGGAGAGAGUGGGGGAGGCUGGGGGAGAGUGGGAGAGAGUGGGAGAGAGAGGGGGAGGCUGGGGGAGAGUGGGGAAAGGGAAAUUGCUGCUUCAGGCCCAUGUAUCAAACAGACCACUGCAUCCAAGAUGA